ACGGGCGAUAUCGGCUAUCACAGGGCUGCAUCUGCAUACACCUGCAGGAAUACCAAACAGCAGCGAAGACGGAAUAACACUGGCGCUGGUCGUCUUGAUACCAAUACCGUAAACGCUUUUGAAACGAAGUUGAAAGCUCUCAUUAUCUGCCUACCUACGGUUUUAUUUGAGCUUUCAUACCUACAACCAUGGAUCAGUCAGCGACCAGUCACCCGCAAUCGUCACGAACAGCCGGCGCAAGUGCAGCGCCCGGCGCAGCAGCAACUGAAUAUGACACGCGUCAUGGAGGUCAUUAUGGUGCCAGCGCUGCUCUCGCAAAUUCCGGCUUCGCGCCCGCUGAGCUUUACACAGGUCCUUGGGCGAACGUACACCAGGGUCUACACGGUCAAUACAAGGACAUUCUGACCACUUACUGGCAGCAGACAAUCAAUCAUUUAGAGACGGAUACUCACGAGUACAAACUGCAUCAGUUGCCCUUAGCCAGGAUCAAGAAAGUUAUGAAGGCCGACCCUGAAGUGAAGAUGAUUUCGGCAGAGGCGCCCAUACUAUUUGCCAAGGGUUGUGAUAUCUUUAUCACAGAGUUAACGAUGCGCGCCUGGAUUCACGCCGAGGAAAAUAAGCGACGAACCCUACAGAGGUCUGACAUUGCCUCCGCCCUCGCGAAGAGUGACAUGUUCGACUUCCUAAUCGACAUUGUUCCGCGCGAGGAGGCCACCCACCCCAAGCGCCCCAAUCCAGCAGCUCAGUCACAGUCAGCGCCAGGCGUCCCAGCUGCGGCGGGUAACCAAAUGCCUGGUCAGCACGGUAUGCCCGGUGCUAAUCACAUGGCACCGGACUACAUGGGCGCGCACGGCAUCUCGCCUGAGCAGGAAUACCGUCCCCAGCCCAUGUACAAUCAAGUACAAACUGGCGCGCCAGGCCCGCCGUACGGCCAACAAGGCCCGCAAAACAUGUAUGGUGAAAUGGAAGGAAUGUAUGGGUAUCCGGGAAUGCCACAGCAGCAGUAGGACGCUCAGGGCACGUCGACACCACAACUCCAUCCUACUUUGCUGCAGGAUCAAGUUCAGGACGAACCACAAGAUCCAAGCAGGGAUGAACCACAGAUAUCUACACUAGAGGAGUAUAUUGACUAGGAGAGAUACCUUGUCUGAAAGCCUGCCUCGGGGAAAUUCAGAAUGAGUCGCAGGGUACUUCAUCACAGGAGAAUGAUGGCUAAAAGAGCUGUGUCCUGGCCCAACUGAUCUUCUUCACGACGUUGCCAAAUUGGGGAAGUGCUUCUCUUCGCGUGAAUAUUUUUUUCAACCAACUUCGACUUGUCGUGGGUAUAAUUUACACUUUUAUUUUCUUUAAAGGUAUGGAUGGCAAUGGCGUAUAGGUGAAAUGC